CUGGCCAUCACCUGGUCCCCAGGGGUCACCACAGACUGAAGGGGUCCUGUGGCAGGAAGUACAAGCUGACCAGGAGGGGCAUGGAACUGGUGGAGAGGACCCGGCUGUCAUCCACAUCGUCAGAUGGGGCUGGCAAAGGAGAAAAAUUAAAACAAGGCAAUUCUCGAGCUUCCACUUCUUCCCCCAAAAUAGACAGAUACAAAAUGGCAAGACAGUUAACAGAAAAAGCAAUCAAGGAAAAGAAGAUCUUCGCUAUCUGCGGACACUACCCAGUGAUCCGGGCCACUCUGCGGAGGAAGGGCUGGGUGGAGAAGAAGUCCCACUUCCUGCCCAAGAUCCUCCCAGGCCCCGAGGAUGAAGAUGUGGGCAUCACUGAUGGCAAACGUGUCAAGGUCCAGGAAGAUCAGGAAAUGACUUCAAGGAAAGCAGAAGACAUCCAUGAUGCGAUGUCCAGGCUGGUAAAGAAUGAGACGCCGUACUUCCUCUGGACCAUCAAAAGGGACAUCGUGGACUAUCAUAACCUGAGCUCUGACCAGAUGCUGAACCACUACGCGAAGACAUCGUCCUUCACCACCAAGAUCGGGCUGUGUGUGAACAUGCGGAGCCUGCCGUGGUUCGUCCAGGCCAACCCUGACGCCUUCUUCCCGCGCUGCUACAGCCUGUGCGUGGAGAGUGAGAAGCAGGAGUUCGUGGAUGACUUCCGGCGCACCAUGGCCUCCAGCAUCCUCAAGUGGGUCGUCAGCCACCAGAGCUGCACCAGAAGCAACGCCAGGAGCCAGAAGGAGGAGGCCGGGCCUAGUGAAGAGGGCAGCAGGACAGAUCCUGAGGGUGCCAUGAAGAAGCUCAGGGGUCUCCCGGGACAGCUGGUGGAUGUGGCCUGCCGGGUGUGCCAGGCCUACCUGGGGCAGCGGGAGCAUGAGGACAUCGACGGGCUGGCGAGAAGCGUGGAGGGCCUGACCGAGGCCGAGUGGAGCACCCUGACCCAGCAGUACUACGCCCUGGUCCGCGGCGAUGCUUUCAUCUCCAGUUCAAGAAAUUACUUUUCACAGUGCCAGGCUUUGCUGAAUAAAAUUAAGUCCGUGAACCCCCAGACAGAGAUCGAUGGGCUGCGGAAUGUCUGGAUUAUAAAGCCUGCGGCCAAGUCCCGGGGCCGAGACAUAGUGUGCAUGGACCAUGUGGAGGACAUCCUGAAGCUGGUGGCUGCUGACCACCCACCCUCCCGGGACAACAGGUGGGUGGUGCAGAAGUACGUUGAGACACCGCUGCUGAUCUACGACACCAAGUUCGACGUCAGGCAGUGGUUCCUGGUCACUGACUGGAAUCCCCUGACCAUCUGGUUCUACAAGGAGAGCUACCUGCGCUUCUCCACACAGCGCUUCUCCCUGGACAGCCUGGACAGCGCCACCCACCUGUGCAACAAUGCCAUCCAGAAGCACCUACAGAACGACCAGGGACGCAGCCCACUGCUACCAGGCCACAACAUGUGGAGCAGUACACAGUUCCAGGAGUACCUGCAGGGCCGGGGCAGAGGGGCCGUGUGGGCCAGCCUCAUCUACCCAUCCAUGAAGAGGGCUGUCACUCACACCAUGAAGGUGGCCCAGGCUCACGUGGAGCCACGCAGGAACAGCUUCGAGCUCUAUGGCGCCGACUUCAUCCUGGGCCGAGACUUUAGGCCAUGGCUGAUUGAGAUCAACUCUAGCCCCACCAUGCACCCGUCCACACCUGUCACGGCCCAGCUGUGCGCCCAGGUGCAGGAGGACACCAUCAAGGUGGUGGUGGACCGCAAGUUUGAUCGCAACUGCGAUGUUGGCAACUUUGAGCUUCUGUGGCGGCAGCCCGCCGUGGAACUGCCGCCUUUCAGCGUGUCCGACCUCUGUGUGGAAGGUGUUGGCCUGAGAAGGAACAAGAGGCAGAUGCCACCCAUUCCCACCGUUAACAUCUCAGCGUCGCUCCCAGAGGCUCAGAUUCUUAAAGUGCCGCGCCGCUCAGCCACACUGGACAGGGCAGGCAGACCCCCUCGUGCCCCCAUGCCGCGGGAGAGGACCCUGGGAGACAAGAAGGUGCCUGUGCCCCCAUGGCCUGCCACAGCUGAAAGGAGCUGCGAGAGAAUCCUGCCCAACACCCAGCCCACCCGACCCUUGGACCUGGACCUGCCCAGAGCACAGCCCCUGGUGCCCAUGCAGCGGAGGACAGUGGCUGGUGCACCGAGUGGGCUGCCCUCAGCACCAGGCCCCCAGAGAGACCGCACCCAGUGCCUCCUGUGUCACUGUUCACCUGCAAGCGUGAGGCCCUGCAAGCGCUGCGGCUCGUUCUCUGUCGCCAUCCUGCAAGGCUCCUGCUUCGUGCCGCUCGAGACUCCAGGACAAGGGCUGUGA